CCCCGGGGCUUGUGGAGGGCCGGACCAGCCACUCCCACUGUUCUGUUCUGUUCUGUUCUAUAGUUGCAUGAGAAACAGCGAGAGACAGAGGCGGAGCAGAGGAAGAGAGAGAGAGGGAGGGAGGAGCGUAGCUGCGCUGAAGCCGAGCCUCUCGAUGCUUCAGCACGCAGAGUGGAGCAGACGGCAACAGCCACACAAACACACUCUACACACCGCCACCACCACACACAGCAGCGGGAAGCAAGCCGUCAGGGAGAGAGAGCUUGAGAAGAAAGAGAGGGAUCGCAGAGGGGAAGAGAAGAAAAGAGUUGGAGGAGGCACCUUGUGGAUCAGAGGGAUUUUCCUCCGUGUGGAUCGGACUAUCUGCUGCUUCCUGAGCGAGAAGCUUUUUUCUUUCUGCUCAUCCUCCACGCCGGGCUCCAGCAGUAUCUACCUAUCUAUCCCCGGAGCUUAACAAAAGAGGGAGGGAGUGAGAGAGAGAGUCACAGCUUCAGCUCCAGACCACCCUCUCUCCUCCUCCUCCUCCUCCUCCUCCUCCUCCUCCUCCUCUCUCUCUCCAGCUCCACAUCCAUGUGUGAGUCCAUCGCUGAUUUCUCUGUGUUUGGAGGACGGCGUGUGUUCUCCAGGAUACAGCCGAGCUCCCGGUGGGAUCAGGGUCUCGUCUGGUGAGAGAGAGGACGAGACAGGAAACGGAUACACAGGAAGAGAGAAGAGACGGAGAGGGAGACGAGAGUCCGAGACGCCGGGAAGCAAAUUGAGGGGCAUGUUGAGGGCAGCAGGGAAGAAGAGUGGCUCUGAUUUUUAGAGCGGAGAGUGCAAGGAACCGGCAACCGGAUCCCAUCCAUUCCUCCCUCCUCAUCGUCCUCUCCUUCUUCUCUCUCCUUUUACCCUCUCUCUGUCCUGCUCUUCAGUUCUCCCUAUUGUUCCUUGUGUUGCCUCCUAUCAUCCUUUUUAGUAUCUUCCUUUCCUCACCUCCUUCUUGCUCUGGAUUCCCUCCCUGUCUCUCUUUGUGAGGUUCCCUGUGAGCUCCCAGACAAGUAGACAGACUCAAAUCCAAAGUACUACCUGUCCUCCUAUCCCUCCCUUCCUCUUCAUCACACGCUCCUCAGUAAGAGGAGAACAUUGUCUCUCGGCAUCCUCUAACCACUCUUGGAAAACAGUCGUGAGGACGAUCUCGGAGCCACUCGGAGUGAGCGUACUCCACCUGCGAGCGUCUAUCUCCAGCCUCCAGGACCUUCAGGUGGAUUCCAGCUACAUGGGAAAACGUUUGGAGCAGCAGCCAAUGUACCCCCACUACACCUACUACUACCCCCAUUAUCUCCAGACCAAGCAGUCCUAUGCACCUCCUCCUCAGCCCAUGGCUCCGCCCAGCCCCGGCACCAAUGGAGGAGGAGGAGGAGGUCAUCAUGGAGGAGGGCUAAUGGAGCAGCUUAGUAAGACCAACCUGUACAUCAGAGGCCUUCCACCUGCCACCACCGACCAGGACCUCAUCAAACUCUGCCAGCCAUAUGGGAAGAUUGUGUCAACGAAGGCCAUCCUGGACAAGAACACCAAUCAAUGCAAAGGAUAUGGCUUUGUGGACUUUGACAGCCCUGCAGCAGCCCAGAAGGCUGUGGCCUCGCUCAAAGCCAGCGGAGUCCAGGCACAGAUGGCGAAGCAACAGGAGCAGGACCCCACCAACCUUUACAUCUCCAACCUGCCGCUGUCCAUGGACGAGCAGGAGCUGGAGAACAUGCUGAAGCCCUUCGGUCACGUCAUUUCCACACGGAUACUGAGGGACGCCAACGGCCUGAGCAGAGGAGUCGGCUUCGCUAGGAUGGAGUCGACAGAGAAGUGUGACGUGGUGAUUCAAAACUUCAACGGGAAAUUCUUGAAAACGCCUCCAGGCAUGACAGCCCCUGCAGAGCCGUUGCUGUGCAAGUUUGCUGACGGAGGCCAGAAGAAGAGGCAGACCCAGGUCAAAUAUCCCCAGAAUGGCCGACCGUGGACACGGGAAGGAGAGAGUGGUAUGACGUUGACGUACGAUCCCACCGCGAUGCAGAACGGGUUUUACUCUUCGCCAUACAGCAUCUCCACCAAUCGGAUGAUUGCACAGACGUCAAUCACGCCCUUCAUCGCUGCUUCUCCCGUCUCUACAUAUCAGGUCCAGAGUACAUCUUGGAUGCCACAUCAACAGUAUGUUAUGCAACCUACGGGCGCUGUGAUCACCCCGGCAGCAGCUAUAGAGCCCAGUUUGUCUCUUCACCCCUCCAGUGUAAUGGCUCCUCUUAGCCAGCAGAUGAACCACCUGUCUCUGGGCACCACGGGCACCUACAUGCCUGCUGCAGCGGCUGCUCCUAUGCAAGGAACCUACAUUCCCCAGUACACUGCAGUGCCUGCCUCUGCCAUCACAGUGGAAGGUGUGGUGACGGACCCUUCUUCACAGACAGCCGCCCCAUCCUCCCAGGACGCCAGCGGGCAGCAGCCUUUAUCGGUGGAGAAUACAGGAGAUCAUGCCACAGCCUACUCGUACCAGCAGUCUAAAUAAGAAGAUUGGUGGGAAUCAUUGCUGCAUUGCCUUUAGAAGGACUGCACUGAGGCGCCGGAGACACAGAGAGAAUCAAAAAAAAGGUGACGUGGCAACACUAAGGGGAGAAAGCUUCCACUGUGCACAGGCACCAAAUAAAAGACAAAAUGAAAAAAAAAUCAAUUAUAUUUCUUACCUGGUUGAACCAAGAAAAAGACAAAGGAAAAAAAGAAUUGAUGGUUUGCUGAACUUGAGGACAAUGAAAUCAAACGCAGUCUGCAACUGUGAGUUUAUCAUUUCUCACUGUGAGACUGGACUUUGCCUCCAAAGGAAAAAGAGAAGACAGACUGAAAUCUAAACUCAACCAACAAGCUGUACAGAAAAUAGAACAUUUGAAUGUGCAGGUAGAUUUUCAGACUUUUUUAUUAAAAAAAGGAAGGAAGCAAAGUCUAGAAAAAAAACAGGUUGUCUUCCUUUGAUAUUAAGCUACAUUAUUUUCAUUCUUUUUAUUAUUUGAGUAGUUUUCUAGAAUAUCAAUGUUUUCGUAAAUCUUUAUUGCCUUAAUUUUCUCAAACUUUGGGGAAAAAGUUUCCAUAGUGUUGAAUAAUUAAAUAAAAGAGUGGUUGAAUGAUUUGAGAGCUUCCUGGAGAGUUCCAAGAGAUGAAAUCUACAAAGCUAUUUGUACAGGAUUUUAAAAAGAAAAGUAGUAAUUGUAUGAAGAUGAUUUUAAAUGAUGUGGUGCGUUGCAGCUGACGUUUGUUGGUAGGGAAGACAAAUUCUUUAAUGCGACUUGUGGGAAAGGUCAAUCCACUGCUUCCUGGAAAAUGCAGCUAGGUUUAAUCAUGGGAUAAAAGUUCUGUUUCUCCAUCACAUUUGUAUUUUUUUUUGUUGUGUUUUUGCAGUCUUUUUACUUUCAAAAAGUUUUUGCUUUGCCUGCUUUGCUUGUCUCACUGCAGAAAGAAAAGUAAAAAAGGAACAUUUCUGACUGACAAAAAAGCAGAAAGAAAACGCUAGGAUUUUUAAAUGUGCAAAAAGCAAUAGUUUUAGUAAAACUGUUGACAGUUUCUUGAGUCUUUCUUAACCGUUGAACAAAAGCAGCCAACAGGUGGCAUAUUUUAUACCAAAGAUGAAGAAACUAGGUAGUGAAGAGAUCUUUCUUAUGUUGCUUUUUCUUUAUUUUUUCACCUCUGAAACUGAGAUUUUUCUUGCUUGUCCUGCUGCUGGCGUGUGAGCUGAUUUUAUCCGUGACUGAGAACAUGCAGUAGAUCUUUAACGCAACUGCCUCAACCAGAAGAGUGUUUUGAGAUGUUUUGUUUGUUGAGUGAUCAUUUGUGGUGGUGAUCUAAAAUGGUGCUGUAACAUCUGUCGAGAGACCAGGCACCCUGUGGUAUGGAGAAAGUGGAGGAGGUAGGUAUGUUACUGGGAAGUUGGUAUAGUAUACUUUAGUGGUAAAGAGGCUGAAAACGCAUUAUAUCUUGUGGGAUAUUGGUGUGUACAUUUUAAACCUGUGUACACACCCAAAAACACCCUCUUCAGGCUGCAUUGACCAAUCACAACUCCGACACUGAGAUGCUGUAACUCAUUAUGACGGCUAGCCAGAAUGUUGUAGAUUGAAUUAUUUUGAAAUGCUUCUUUAGUCUCAGUCCAUAAGACAAACUGUUUUUACGCCGCCGUCUUGCCAAACACAAGCCAUUUAAAAUGUGAGCAGGGCGAUGAUUUCUGUUAGAUGAAAGGGCAUUUCUGUUGAACAAAAUCAUUUCAGCUUAUGUAUAUUCUAAAAGAAACGAGGAGAGAUGUUUUUUUUUUUCUUUUUGUGUUGCCUUUUUUGAGAAUUGAUUAUGAUGUGUGAGCUGCUAAACACUUUUCAUUAUUGGGGAUUGAGGCAGAUGUGUGUUGGCUGGGUGUGGAAGAGGUAUACCUCCAGAAUGUCGAGCGAUUCACCAUUUGAAGCCAAGAUAAAGACAGUUAAUUGUUAUCCAUGACUUGAAGUCUUGUGCCUCUUUUCAUGUUCCCGGUUGCAGUUGAGUACUUCUCUCUUCUUAGAUAGGUCAAAACCAGUUAAUAAGAAUCUGCAUUAUUUGUACGGAGUACGAGGGCAUCAGUUGAGAACCAAAACUCCUCUCUGGACUUUAACUGGCUGACGCAGGCUCCGAGGUCACACCCUUGAAGCCCCACCUACCUGACCCUCCACCAAUGAAAAGAAGCGAAUGGAAACGUGGGAACAGACGGACACAGAAAAACUCGUGGUUCAACCAAAAUCAAGCAGAUUCAAACCUCUAUGGGAGAAUAAAUUAUUGAGAGAAGAGAGAAAAUAGAGAAAAGCGAGAACAAAAGUAAUAUUUAUGAGAUCUCUUUUUGUACAGGUGUGUAAAAGAAGAUGCAACAGAAAUAACUUUGAUGAUGCUAUUUUUUUAUUUGCUUGGUCACAUGCCUCCCAUGUCUUUCAAAUUGUGAUUCUGAGAGUGUCUGUAGAACCAGUGGAUAUUGCUGUAGUUUCAAAUGUCUCUUUUCUUUUUGUUUUCUUUUUAGACAAAUCUUUCAAUAAAAAAAGAAAUGUUUCAGUCAAUACUCAUCUUGUAUAUUCUGCAGGUACAACGCAGAACCACUAGAGUGCACUGUAGUACACCGUGUGUGUGUGUGUGAUUUUAACAAGUCAGCAGGGAAUUUACAGAUGCUAAGUGGACACAGAUAAAACAGAGGCAUUUAGAUUUAAACAGGCGCCAUUGUACUUUAAUAUAUCCUCUGUUGAUGAAUAAAUUCGAUUUAAAAAAUGA